UUAACAAUUAUUGAAGAUGAUAUAUUGUAAAUGGACAACAAUCCCAAUUUAGACACCUAUUUGAAGAAUACACGUGAACUAGAUAAUUUAUCAACAGAAUUUGGCAAAUUAUCAUUAGAUGGAGCUCAACAAAGUAUAAACCAAUUUUUAAGCGAUACUAAAAUGAAGAGCUCUGAUAAAAUAAAAUUACCAACGCCAUUGCGUUCAAUGCUUAAACUUUCUUUCACGGAAAAAAUUGAGCCUUUUGAUUACAUCGACAAACAUCUAUAUUAUUUAAACCGUAAUAUAUACCAGUCAUUUUUAAAACGCAGAGUGAAAGUCUCUCCCAAGACUACAAACGAGUUGGUAAUUUAUUUAGUAGCCUUUCAGGUAAAAUUUUAG